AAGAAUUCUGGGAGCAAAUGUGUGAUUUCCAUGCAUUCCAGAACCACUACCACUAUACAAGAUCCUAAAAAUCCAGAACAUCUGAAGACAUUUACUUUUGACCUGGCAUAUUGGUCUCACAAUGGAUUUGAAACGGAUAAAGAUGGUGUGUUUAUUUCAGCUGAUCCUGGCAGUAAAUUUGCAGGCCAGAGGGAGAUUUUCCACGACCUCGGCAGAGGGAUUCUGGACAGCGCGUGGCAAGGCUAUAACUCUACCCUCCUGGCCUAUGGCCAAACCGGCUCUGGAAAAAGCUAUUCCAUGAUUGGAUUUGGUGCAAACAAGGGGCUCAUUCCAAAUGUGUGUGAAGAGCUCUUUCAAGAGAUUGAGAACCGAGAGAGAGACAAAGAAUACCAGGUUACAUUCAGUAUGCUGGAAAUUUACAAUGAACAGGUAAGAGACUUGCUGUCCAGAACCAAGAAACCCGGAGGACUCAAAGUAAGGGAAGAUCAGCAGCUGGGUUUUUACGUGGAGGGUCUGAAGUCAGUGCCAUGUGAGAACUAUGCACAAAUUGAAAGGCUGAUGGAACAAGGGACAAGAACAAGGACCACAGCUUCCACCAAUAUGAACACCAGCAGCAGCAGAUCGCAUAUGGUUAUCACCAUUCAGUUCAAGCAGGUUUUCCUCGACAGAGACUUCACCAAACAGUCCGUUAUUAAUUUGGUGGAUUUAGCAGGAAGUGAGAGGCAGAAAUCUUCAGGAUCUGAAGGAGACAGACUGCGGGAAGGAUCACGAGUUAACUUGAGUUUAACCAAUUUAGGAAAUGUUAUCAGUGCUCUGGCUGAUGCAGCCAUGGGGAAGAAAGUCUUGCACAUUCCUUACAGAGACUCUGUCUUGACCAAGCUGCUCCAGUCGGCUCUGGGCGGGAACAGCAGAACUGCUUUGAUAGUGGCCAUAAGCCCAGCUGACAUCUGCUACGAGGAAACAUUAUCAACAUUAAGAUAUGCUGAAAGGGCUAAAAAGAUCCAGAACAAAGCCGUGGUCAACACCUCCACGCUGAGGAGACAGUCAAAGGAAGAGAACAACAAGCGGCUACCUGGAAGCGGACACUCCAGAAUUGCAGAGCACCCAGGCUGUCUGCUGGCACCUCGCGGGCUGGGGCCUCACUCUCAUGAGAUGACCUGGGGGCACCAGCUGGAGCAGGCGUGGAGAGAGUGGCAGGCUCAGUGCGUGGCCAUUGCUCAGGAGCGGCGGCUGAUGAAGGCCUUCCCUCACCUGCUCAACGUUAACGAGGACCCGCAGCUCACCGGGGUUCUCAAGUACAUCAUCCACGCUGGCUCAAGCGAUGCUGGUCAGGCUUCUUCGAAUGCCAUCACCCUUCAAGGUUUAGGAAUUUCAGAUAAACACGCUUCCUUCACAAAUUCAGAUGGUAAAGUGACAGUCACUCCGCACAGCAAAUGCAGGGUUGCCGUUAACGGAGUGCCCAUCACCACCACGACGAAGCUGCAGCAUUUGGACCGCAUCAUCUUGGGGCCCAGCAGUGCCUACCUCUACGUUGGGUUUCCUUCAGAACGCGGCAGCGAGGACUUGAGCAGGUUCGACUACGACUUCUUCCAGCAGGAGAGGGCGGCCGCAGAGGGCGUGAGUGUGGACAAGCUCGGUGCUGUGAGCAAAGGCGAUGGGAAAGCAGACCCCAGUGUCUUGGCUGCAUUCCAGGACUACAUCAAACUGAUGCCGCUGGUUGCAGAAGCAAAUCAAAUGAGUGAGGAGCUAAAGAAGGGACUUAAAAUGGAAUUGAAAGUGAAGAAUUUAGCAUCAUCAGAUUCCAGGGGCUGUGACCUACAAAAAGAGGUCAUGGUGAAGGUGACCAACCAAAUGACUCACGAGGUGUGGAUCUGGUCAAAGGCCAAGUUUAUCAACAGGAGAUUCCUAAUGGAGGAAGUCUACCAGCGUUUUCUAGAUGGAGAAGACAGCGGUGUGGCGCAGCAGGAUGACCCUUUCUGGGAUCCCAUUGAGGCCAUCCCCUUGGGCUCGGCUCACAUCUGGCUUCAGGCGCUUGCUUACUGCAUGAAGCUAGAAGAACAAGUGGAGUUUCUGAACUGCGAUGGACUGGAUGAGGCAGUGCUGUGUAUCCAUAUAAUGCCCUGCUCCCCGACAGGACAGGCAUGUGGCGAGGAAGAUGUGGUUAUUGACCCCUUGGACCUGCUGGGCAAGAGGAUGGAUUUCCAGAUUCACAUUGUGCAGUGCCUUGGCACCAAGUGGCUAAAGGAAGAUGCAGUUCGGGGUGUUCAGAUGGGAUACAGAAUUUAUGAUCUUCCAAACAAUUUAUAUACCAAACCUGUAUGGAAAAUGGUGAACCCCCAAAUCGAAGAGACUGUCCAAUUUACAGCCUUAAAUGUAUCUCAGGAUUUUCUGAAUUAUUUACAGACAAAUGCUCUUAUUGUUGAUUUGUGGGGCCUCCAAGAAGGCUGUGUUGAGCUGAGCUGCUCUCAGGCUGACUUCAUGGUCACGGGUGAAGGCCACAUCAUGGUGGACACCAAGAAAAUUUCCACUGUGAUGGAUGCAGGCCAGAUGACAUCAAACCAGGUAUCAGAACUCAAUCUGAAGCUGCUCAAGUUAGAACAGGAAACAGAACUGCUUCGAAACAUUAACAGAGCCCUCAGAGAGGAAAAUGUACUUCUCAAAGAAUCACUUGGGAAAACUGGUUCUAGUCAACAAGUACACAAGCCUUCCAGUAUCCUGAAGAUAACUGGAAUGACAGCCCAACUGCCAGCAGCCAAAGAGAUGAAUCAAAUGUACACUCAGCAAGUCAGCUGUGACAGAGAAUUUGCCAAAGCUCUUAAAGUGUUCUACCAAAGCAUGAGUAUGGCGAGAGGACAGUUCCUCAGAUUGAGGCAUUAUAAACUUCCCGAAGAUGAUCAAAUGCUUCGACCAUUUGUACACCAACAGUCACAAAUGUUAAAGGACUUUGGGGAUCUAUUAGAAUCCAGCUUGUGGAAACUGAAAAAUGAUGUUGCUCUUAUAGUGAAAAAGAAGAGAGAAUACUUACAGCAUAUCCAAUAAUGAGGAUACACCAACUGAAAACUUUCGAACUUUGGGUGCUGAUGAUUAUUUUUGCAUCCAAUGAACUUAACUUUGCUAUCAGAUGAGCUGUAGACUCUACAUAUUCAACCCAUUUCCCAUGUAACUGCUGUUUUUAAGCAAAACCCACCUUCAAUUUACGAUUAAUAAAAGUGAAUCUCUCCCCAGCGUGAAGAGGGGAGACAUCUGCAGUGAAUGGUGGCAGAGAUUAAGAUUGUUGAAAGAUCUCACGGGAGUUAGACAGUCUCAAAGCCAGGCUUGAUUCCACAAAGAAUUGAUUCGUGGGCUAGAGACUCCUCA